UCGUGAGGCGAAGRMACACUUUUUUCGUGCCGAGGAGUAUAGAUGCCACGUAGCCACUGCGGCGGUGUGGCACGCGAUUUGGUCAAAGGAUAUGUCCAAGUGUCCUGCACAUUUGGCUUCUGCCGUGCAGGCCUUGCAGAGUCUCCCUCUAGGUCAUCCCUCUUUUCAAUGGCCACYUCUUCGUUUUCCCGAUAACGUCGUUCCGUCGACCGCUGCCGCCUCGCAAGUGGCGCCAUCUCCAUGUGCACCACUUGCACCCCUCCCCCCUCGUCCGCUUCGUCAGACGAUUCCCGCAUCCGUUGAUGGCAAACCAUCUGUGGCAACGCAGCCUGAUGCGCAAGGCACCGUGCCAGUUUCAGGUGUCGGGGAACCUGUGYCGUUCGACGAGCAAGGCACUCGUGCUUUCGUCGAGGGCGGUGGGUGGGGGAAGGACGCUGACACAUCAUCAGGCGUCGCCCCGUUGUUCACUGGCAACAGGGACAAGGUCCCAAAAGUUCGACGCACAGACACACGUCCGGCCGUGGCAGGAGCACCCGCAAUAGGACAUCAAUCCGCUGCGUAUCCAUGGUUGCCUCCCCCUCCUUCGCAGACACGACGGCCUACACCAGACUUGACUUCGGCACCUGUUGGCGAGGGCACUGCAACGGCCACUGAGGGUGCGGGAAACGUCCAGCUCGACGAGCCCGUCCAGGUUUCGGAUUCGUCACCCACUCCUGUGCCCGUGAACGGCCCGACCUCGCAGCACGGUGUUUUUGGGACACUGGAUCCUUUACAGAAUCUGCGCAACAUUGCAGCUCCGASUCCAGGCCCCACCGCAUCACCUGCGGCCGGGGGCGGGGUGUGGGAUUCGCUAGGUAUGGGCGCCGGUGCACGAGUGAGGGGCACUUACAGGCAGCAGGCGGUGACCUCGUAUUACAACGACCCGCUGGAGCACGCAUGGCACCUGCAGAUCAUGCGAUUCAUUGUCGAGAGCGGCAUGCCGUUCAACUGUGUGAAGCUUGAGAGCUUCAAACGCAUGUUGACGUUGAUCAUCCCGCCUGGGGUUCCAGGAGUCCGUACCCCAAAACCCCCAACGUAUCACAUGAUCCGUACCACACUUUUGGAUGAGCUUGAUGUGGAAGUCCAAAAGUGUGUGAAACCUGUCCUCGCUACUGCAGCUACCUACGGUUGCACGAUAAUGASAGACGGUUGGACGAACAUUCGGGGCCUGUUGUCAUCGAGCGUGGAUCGGACGGGUUUGACGUGGCAGGARGCSAUAUCGCCAAUAUGAUUACGAGCCCAAUGGUAUCUGCCACGCCCACAAUU